UGUUGAUACGUCUGACCCACAUAGUUAGCCAUUUUACACGCCUAUGCAUAUGGUACAAUGGUACCGUGCUUCCUUUAGGUACAUGUAGAUAGAGAGGACCGUUGGUGGCUUGCAGUGGAGUGAGCGACUGAGUCGUUUCGAUACAGAUUGUUCGUUCCAUCGGAGAUGCACCUCAGCGUGGAGGAACUACGGUAUCGAGACCUUAGAAAGCUACAGCCCAUGUACGUACCGGUAGACACUAGCUGGCUGGCUACAGAUUUUGCACCAAUAAAUUCAAUCGUAUGUCACAGGCGUGGCAGCGCCGUCCUGACUUCAAAUUUUUUUCGCGAGAUCGCACAGAUGGAUGCAGACUACUCUCUUGCGCCUCACUUUUUUGCAACCAUCCAUAUCUUCUUAUGACGACAAUCUACGAUGAGCGAGGUCGGAUUACAAACACACAAGCAACUCAAGUUAGCAUUAGAUAGUCUUAGUAAAUGGAUAAAGAACAUAGAUAUGAACCUCGAACUGUUGAACAUGACACUCUUACGAAUGAUCGGCAAUGGGCUUUUGCCGUCGUUUUUGAGCCGCUUUCUUCAUCACCAUGACAUCCAGAGCCUCCAAGAAGAGAGCCAAGACGGACGAGGCUGUGCAGACUGCAGGAAUGCUCCUGAAGCUCUCCAAAAAGGGUGGAGGAAUGACUGCUCAUUCAGCUCUUCGCUUGGCCGGGGUAUCAACAGACGAUAGAGCAAAUCGUAACCUUCAGCGCCGAGCUCUUCGUGCCCGAGACAAGUUUGAUGAACAACGAAAGCAACUGGAGAGUGAUUUCAGCCAAAUAGAGCUGGAAGAAGAGGAAGACGAGACUCAAGACCACCCAUUUCCUGAUUCUCAAGAGAGCGUGAUUCCGAUCGUCCCCACACUUCCAAAGCAGUUGAAGAUGAGGAAGACGUCCAAACAGGCCGCAGCUCAACGAAAAGCAAACAUACAAGUCAAAGACUUGAAGGCAAAACUAUUCCAAGAGGCCGUGGAAUCUCUCCAGCAGCAGUCUAAGCGACAAGAAGAAGCAAUUGCAUCUGGAUGUGCUUACAGGAAGAAGUCCGCCGAAACCAUCUGCAAUGAAAUCAAUGCAACAGCGCUUGCUCAAGCCCAUGGCAUCAAGAUUGUUGCACGGACAAUGGCAAGCAAAUGA